AUGCGAGCUAUCCCGGAAUAUGUGGAUACGAGUGAAUAUCUGGUGAACACUCCGCAAGUCAUUGACAUAAACGAAUUUACUCUUAAUCUUCGCUCGACCUUGAGUAUCAUGGGGCUUUUUGAUGACACCGCGGGUGGAGCCACACUGGUGCAUGAGAGCCAUUUCAACACAAAGACCGUUUUAGGGGUCUACAUGAAACGGAGGAGGGCUGAGCAGACGAAAGAUCAAAAACUUCAACCUGAAGCAUGUCUACUGGGCGCGUACCCACCCCAUAGCAGGUCUUUGACAUUGCCGAUUAGCGACAACACAACUCCCCUUAAUUUAGGUGAAAAGCUCAAUCUGAAGCUUCAGAAUGAGCAGCUCCAGGCUCACGAAGCCCCAACUUUUAUUACCUAUAACAUCAAGCGAACCUAUGUCCUAGAAUGGAAGAUGAGUCUCGAAGUCGGUGGAGAGAUAUUCAAGGUGAAGGGCAAGCAUCCAGUCUUGAUCAUGGAAAAGGCCGAACCGGAUUCAGACCGCUAG